AUAAAAUGCAUUCAAAACAUUUUUCUGACAGCUCAUGCAACAACUGUAUCAAUUAUCCUAUGACUCACAUUAGUCACAUUACAAUAAUAUUUUUUCUCCAAUUUCAAAUUGUUAAUUAUUUAUUGUUUCAUUGUUCCUAAAAAUUAAGAUAAAAAGGAAUAAUAAUUAACUAACAAGUUUAAAAUUUGAGAUUAUUUUCUGUUUACCUACCAAAUAUCGCAUGGGUGAGUAUCGAACUUUUAAAUCAGCUGGACCUUGUUUGGUUAGCCAAAAGAAAAAAAAACUGUGGUGAAAAAGUGAAAAAUUGCCUCUUAAAAUGAGACCACCGGGGUUUCCUUUUAACAAUUAACAUUCGCCUGGUUUUUGAAGAUCAUUCGUGGACCCAGGAUAUGCAAAACAAUGAGUCGCAGAUACUUUGAGAAUACACAGACUCCGUUCUUAUAUUCGGAGUCUGAGUCCGUGGACCACGAAGGCGUGGGCCAUGGCGUGGAGUGCCUCGGUGGGCGCCCGCACCAGCCCGCAGGGCCCUUCCACUAUCUCAUCAGCGAACAGGCCAAGUCGCUGGUCGCGCUGCAGGAAUUGCAGCACGAGGUCGGCGCCCUGCUCGAGUUCCGAGAUCUGGUCAUGGACACGUUUCCCAACUUGCGUACCAAGUUGCACCAACAACAGACCGCUCAUUCGACACCUGCCACCAUGACAGGACACCAUCACGUUCACCACUCCAACAUUCCUAUUUCCAUCCGGCCCGGUGAUUGGACGCCGGGCGUCAGGGUGCGGAAAAAAUUGGGCAUUUCUAGCGGCGGGAAAGAGAAAAGAGACUCGGCGAUUACCGUACAGGAUUCUGGAUUUAGCACGGAGGCAUCUAGCAAAGAGACACACAGCGCCUCUUCUACUGUGCCACCAACUUCAACCUCAGCGACAGGUACUAGUGAGACUGAUGAAACUGAUGAUGAACUAUGGAACCUGCUAGACAUCAUCCACAGAAAAGGUACCCGAUUAAAAGACGAAGUCGAAGCCCUUCAGGGUACUCUGAGAGAUCAAACUCCUUUCGGUGAUUCGGGAAAUAACUUUCGAAGAGCUCUGUUUCACUCUUCCGCCGACGAUGUCAGACAGAUUAGGCACGAGAGAGAUUUCUUAUUGGAAAAGUUGGCAGAAAUGGAAGCGGAAGUGCACGCCGGCAGGCUUCACACGUCGCGCCUCCAAGAGGACCUGGAAAACCUGCUCUGCGCGAAAAACGAUCUCGAAGAACAACUCAAAGCGAUCGUGUCGGAACGCGGGGAGGUCAAUUCGCGUAUCCACGACCUUCAUCUUCAGUUCGUGGCCAAAAGUGCGAGUGACGAAAAACUGAAACUAGUGAGUGAUCGGAAAGAUUCUAGUCAAACGCAACCGGUGUGGACUACAACGACGAGACGGUAUUCGGGUAGUGAUUUGGACGGUGUUCUAGGCGAUCGGAUACCGAAAAUAGCCGUGCCGGAUAUCAAGAAGAUUUCGGCUAUUUUGAGGGAACACGAUCCGGUUGUUUUGCAAAAGCACCUUUUGGUUUCUACGGUUCAGAAUCAGGUGUUAAAACAACAACUAGACACCGUAGGCGAUUUGGAAUCAGGACUUAGGGCUAAACUCGACAAGGCUGUGGAAGAAAACGAUGACUUGAGAUUUGAAUUGGAAAAUAGGACAAUAGAAUUAGAAGGCACCAAAGCCCGGGUGAGAGUAUUGGAAGACCUUCAUAAGCCCAACAAGAGCAGAUCGCCCGAUCUGAUUCCAGAUCAAAGAUUGUUAUCCAGGACUGAAAUUAGUACUCCGAGCAUGAAAGCAAUGAGUCCUUUACCGAUGAACUUGCAAAUGGAUCAUAACAGUAGUACUGAAUCGGCACACGAUCAAGCUGAGAGCAAUAGAAGUAAAGACGGUUCUAAAAGGAGACCCAGCAAGAUUCCGUUGAAGAGUUAUAGUGCACCAAAACCACCUGGAGGUAAACAUAGUCCGGCACCGCGCAGUCGUAGUGGCGGCGAAUCACCGCACCGUUCACAUUCGGCACAUUCUUGGAGGAAUCGUAGCACCGGCGAUAGCAGCCUGAAGAAUUCCUUGCCGAAAUCCCGAAACAAUUCCCUGGUGUCGGCUCGGGAUUCGUUGUCCGGCAAACUGAGAAGUACCGAGUCGAUAUCGAAGAGUUCGUCGCCUAGUAAUACGGUGAAGAAGGCGCCGCUGAACAAUAGCAAAUGGGCGAACAACGCUAAGGACGAAAAGAUUCAAGAUUCACUAUCAACAAACGCAAAAUCUCAAUCUCCAUGGAUUCUCUCUUCAUUUAAAGCCGACGACUAUCCAGAUUCUCUGAUGGAAAAAAGCUCGAUCCAGCAAACCGCCACCGAUUCGGAAAGUCACCGAUUUCAAACCGCCAAUACAUUUCUAUGGGAAACGAGGAACGAUUUUUACGAUAGUAUCGAUAGUAAUAUGGCUUCUUCUGGCUGUUAUUAUCGGUCGAAUGGUGAAGAUCUGGCUGAGUGUGAUUCUUUGGAAAGGGAAUUGUUGACUAAUUUGUCUUUUGGUAAUAAAUAAUUGAGGAUCAACUUCAUGGAAAUGCUGUUUUUCUCAUGAAAAUUGAUGUUAAAUAAUAGGGAUUGGAUUGUCGAAUUCCAACACAUUGUGGAAUAUUUGCUAAAUUAAUUUGAUAUUACAUAUUCUCUUGUGAUUGUUCAUGACAAAAAUGUUAAAUUACAAUUAUUGUAAAAUUAAUAUUGAACUUUUUAAAUAAUUAAGUAUAAAUUGUUUUAAAGUUUUUAUUAUUGGUGCAAUAUUACUCAAAUGUCAAUUUAAAGAAGUUUUUUUUUUAGUUUAAUCUAUAAUGCAUUCCGCUCAAGACUAAAUUUGCCAUCCAGUAGCAAAUUUCAUUAAAAAUUUGUACUUGAGAGGUGCAACUCUGUAGAAUAAUAAAUACACACACACAGUUUUCUUUUUGCAUUUUCAAAUACUAUAAUGCACUCAAUCAAUUAUAAUUAUUAUUAUCAUUGCAUUUGUAUGAAAACUUUUUUAAAUGUGCAAAAAAUAUUAAUUAAGUACUACUUAGGACUGUGAUAGGAGAUUAAUUAGAAUGAAGAAAGAAAGUGGUAAUAAUUGUUUUUGUACUUUAUGUUCCUUUUUACAUGUUAUUGGCAGGAAGAAAAAAACUUUUGUAAAUAAAGUUGUAUUAGGUAAAACAUAAUAAUUUUAAAGGAUAUUUUUUAUAUUAAAUACUAGAUAAAGUCCAUUUUAGAGUUUUAGCAAAUUUUUUUUAAAAGUAUAUAUCGGAGGUGUCCUUUAUUGGACACCCGGUAUCAUACAAGGAACAUAGAAAAAGCUUUUAUCUUAUUCCAAGAGUGUAUAAAAAUAGACACACCUUUUUUUAAAUUUUCUUGGUAUUUUAGAAUAAUGCCACAUUUUUGUGAUAUCUUUUAGAAUGCUCAUCACAGGUGUAGCUAAUUCAAUACAAAUGGGGUGUUCCAGAAAACUUAUUUAUUUUCUUGUACACCCCAUCAUUAAUAAUAAAUACUUCAUUAAUAUUAUGAAAAAUAUUAUGUUAAAGUUAAGACAGAUUUAUAAAUUGUUUUUACUUUUAAUUAUUAUUAUUAUUAUUUUUUUGAUUGAUUAUCGACUGAACUUAUAAAUCUGUAUUAUGCUGUGUAAAAUAUUUGUAAAUAAAUAAUAAGUCCUUUUGUUUAUUAUAAAUACAUAUCGAAAAAAAAACUGUU